ACAUGUUUGUAUGAAGUAUGAAGAUCUUUUAUUUUGAAAUAUAACAAAUGGUUAUAUUUUUAAUAAAUAUUGAUGCACAAUGCAGCAUGGAAGGGAGGGUAACAUUUUAUUAGCCUGAGUAGUAAAACCUUGAAUUUGGAAAAACUGAAAGAGGAAGGGCACAAUUGUUGUCAGCUUGAGGUGUUUCUCGGAACGUCAUGGGAGUACACGGACUGUGGAAGUUGCUCGAGAGCACGGGGAAGCCUAUCAAUCCCGAGACGCUGGAGGGAAAGGUUCUAGCUGUCGACAUCAGUAUAUGGCUGAACCAGGCUGUGAAGGGAGUGAGGGAUCGCGAUGGGAAUAGUGUCCAGAAUGCUCACCUCCUCACACUCUUUCACCGGCUCUGCAAACUUCUCUUCUUCCGUAUCAAGCCUAUAUUCGUCUUCGAUGGCGACACACCUCUGCUCAAGAGGGAGACUGUGGCAAAAAGGAGACAGAGGAAGGAGGAGAUGAGCAGGGAGUCCAAGGAGACCACUGAGAAAUUCCUCAAGACUUUCCUGAAAAGACAAGCAAUUAGAGCUGCACUUGGGGAGAAGAGUGAAGAGAAGUUCCCCAGCAUUUCCAGUGUGAGAAGAGAUGAAGGUGAUGACUUGUACGUGUUACCUGCCUUGGAAGAGAGGGAGAGGGACAGCUCGGAUGAGGAGGUGGAGAAAGAAUGGGAGCAGUCAACAAAGAACCACAUCAUGUGGCAGGACCAGAUGUUUGAGAAUCCUAACUCCAUGGACAUCGACUCAGAGGAAUUUGCCCUCUUACCUGCAGAGAUGAAACAUGAGAUCCUCAAGGACAUGAAGGAAUCCAGCAAGAGACGGCGUACCAUGUUUGAGAAACCCCCAGAGAUAUCCAAGGAGUUUUCCCAGUACCAGUUGGCUGGUCUACUCCGUCGGAACCAGCUGAACCACCGCAUCGAGAGUGUGGAGAAGGAGCUGAACCAGCUGAGCUCUGCUGGGGUAGCGGAGGAGUACGGGGAGGAGGCGGGGCAGGAGCGCAGUGUGGAGGCCCGUCGUCUUGUGUCUGAGGACUCCUCCCACUAUAUACUCAUCAAAGGGUCUAAGAAGAAUGAGAAACCGGCGGAGAGGCAGCCGGCGGUGCUGCCCUGGGCCAGCAGCUCCAGAGAGGUGCGAGGGCGACCCCAACCGCUGUGGCGGCCCGUAUCUGAGGACAGCCCUGAGGACGAGCCUCCCUCGGCAGCGGGACCCCCAUCCCCCCGGACCCUGCAGGCCAUCCAGGCGGCCAUGGUGGACAGCAGCUCGGAUGAAGAGGGUGGGGCGGGGGGCCAGGAGGGCGCAGGAGAGCUCUCCCCUCUAACCCUGCUGGCCAUCCAGCGUGCCCUGACUGAGGACCAGCCUACUGUCCCCGGGACCCUGAAGCACCUGCAUGCUGCAGAGACCCCCCACCCGGCCCCAGCACUGAGAGACUGUGUCACGAUCAGUAGCUCUGAGGAUGAGGAGGGAGAGGCCAGCGAUGAGAAGAAGGACGCCUUCGGCUCAAACACGCUGUCAGUGAUGACAGGCCUGGGGGAGGGGCCAAGAUUCGGGGAGAAGGUGGGGCUGGUGGAUGGGGCAGGAUUGGAGGAGAGGGCAGGAUUUGGGGAGCGGGGGCUACUGGGGGCCAGCAGGUUAAACAGCGAGCGAGAUGCACGUCUUCCUCCCCGGGACAUCCAGGAUUCGGAGUCCUCCGAUUCCAGCCAUCCAGACACCUCCCGAGAAGAACAGGUGCCAGUGUCAUGGACCCACACAGAGACACUGAAUGGAGGCAGUGUCAGGCAGGAAGCACACCCUCCAGCAGCCGUCCUCUGUACACCCCAUCAACAGGAAGUGACCGCCACCGCAGGAAGUGCACAACCGAGAGCUGUCCCUCCCCACCCGGUGCAGAGUCCUGAGGAGAGCUCUUUGAAGGAGGGGGUGGAGAGGAGGGAGAACGAGGAGAUGGAGGGCCGGAGCGUGGAGGAGGUGAAGAGUGAGGAGAGUGACUCAGAAGAGAGCUUCAUCGAGGUGUCUGGGGAGGAGGAGGAGGCUGGGCCAGAUGACAUGGCGUUAAAGAUGGAGGACAGAGAUCAAAGGUCACCUGGGCAGGAGGAGUCAGAGGAGACAGAGAAGGAAUCCCCAAAGGAGUCCCAGAGUUCUGGGCUCGAGACAGAGCAGGAAGUCCCGCAACAGCAGGAACCUCCUGCUCCCUCUGCAUCCAACGAGUGGGCCCACAUAGACACGGAGGAGCUGGUGCAGAUGGAGAGCUCCCUGCUGUCCCAGCAGAGCAGUCUGCAGGCUCAGAAGCAGCAGCAGGAGCGUGUCGCCGCCACCGUCACCGGGCAGAUGUGUGCGGAGAGCCAGGAGCUGUUGAGGAUGUUUGGGGUGCCCUUCCUGGUGGCCCCAAUGGAGGCAGAGGCCCAGUGUGCGGAGCUGGAUCAGACGGACCACACUCACGGCACCAUCACCGACGACAGCGACAUCUGGCUCUUCGGUGGCCGCCACGUCUACAAAAACUUCUUCAGCCAAAAGAAAUACGUGGAGCACUAUGAGUACUUGGACCUUCAGGCCCAACUAGGGCUAGACCGGGCUAAGCUCAUCAACCUGGCCUACCUGCUGGGCAGCGACUACACAGAAGGCCUAACGGGUGUGGGCUACGUCACGGGCAUGGAGAUCUUGAACGAAUUUCAAGGACCAGGAAUCGAGCCUCUGAAGAGUUUAUGUGAUUGGUGGAAAGAAGCCCAGGAGAAGAAGAAGAUGGCUGCAAAUCCCCGCGACACCAAGGUGAAGAAGAAGCUGAGGCAGCUCCAGCUGCAUCCUGGCUUCCCCAAUCCCGCGGUCGCCCAGGCCUACCUGCAGCCUGCCGUCGACCAAUCAGGCGCCGCCUUCACCUGGGGCCGGCCCCACCUGGAGCACAUCAAAGAUUUCUGCAUGAACCGCUUCGGAUGGAGCAGCAGAAAGACAGAAGAGGUCCUGCAGCCCGUCCUGAAGCAGCUCAAUGCCCAGCAGACGCAGCUGAGGAUCGACUCGUUUUUCCGGCUGGAGCAGCAGGAACGGCAGGCCAUCCGGAGCCAGCGGCUGCGCAGAGCCGUCACCUGCAUGAAGAGGAAGGAGCAGGGACAGGAGGAGGAGGAGGAGGAGGAGGAGGGCUGCUCCCCAGCUAAGAAGGGGAACACCGAGGAGACGGCGGGAAAGGCCGGGGGGGCAGCAAUGUGGGCGGGGGGGUUCCUGGGCUCGGGAGACGUCCCCCUCAUUCCGAGGGGGGAGCAGGAGGAGACCCCCAGCAGGGACCAGCCCAAACUCAGCCCUCCACGGCCUGCACAGAGCAGCAGCAGCAGCACCAGCGGGGACGACAGUGACCCUGGCGACAGAGUCACCAUGGUUACCGCUCGCUCCGUGUUCCAGAGCAAAGGCAGGGCAAGGCAAAGGAAAAACAAGAGGAAGUGAGCAGGGCCCUCCCUGGACUGAGAAAUAUAGGAAAUGUAGCGAUACGUGGCCAGGUAUCUCUUGCAACAGAGAUAUAAUAUCAAGAAACUUCUUGGUUAAAUAAAUAAUAAUAAUAAUAAAAAAAUAAUAUGGCUGUUAUGAGCUUGAAUAAUCCAGACUGUGAACAUUAUAGAUGCUAGUCCAGAUCAGUGAGAGUGCUGUACAGUUGUGUGAUGUGCAUUUGUGACACAGAGAUGUGUAUUUUUAUACUUUUUGAACUCCUGGAAUAAUGAAAUUGCCUGGUGCUGUGUUUCCACUGACUUUAACUGACCUUUGCCAGUGCCUACCUAUAUAAUGCUAUGUGAAUAAAUAAUAGCCAAAUAUGCCAGAAUAAAUCUAAUACUUAGGUUUUCCUGUCAUGGAUGGGCCACAGCAAGCACUUACAUUGAAUGAUACUGACUUGGUGGUGCAUUCAGUUUUUCAGGGCUAUUCAUUAUUAGUAUUCCAGGUGUCUCUUCAUUGCAACCAUGUCAGUGGAAACAGCUUACUUCUUUCUCUUACUCUUUUGCCAUCUUAAAAUGUAAUGAAAACAUCACAAACGGUGCAAAUAAAAUGGCAUACGGAUGAAGAAACUGAAUAUUGUAAAUGCAGACAUCCGCAUCAGUGAUGAUAGCUUACAUAUUUUUCUCCAGCCUUGUUUUCUAUUUUACUAUCUGAAAAUGUAAUGUAAGAUAUACAUUAUAAAUAGAGAAAAUGAAAGAGCAUGCGUAUGAGGAGAGCAAAUGUUGUGGCACUCUGAAUAAAUGCAGACAUGCACACA